AAAGUUGCUGACUACCUCCCGAUUUCUCAAGACUCACACGCGGCUUACCGUUGACUUUCUCUGCUCCAGUUGCCGGACGGCGUGAGCCUACUUCAGCGCUGAUAGUAAAAAGCGAUGCCGAACACCAAUCAUACAGUCACUGUACCGUCAGGCAUUAUCCUGCAAGUAAUCAGUCCAUGCCUACCGAAGGACCGUGAGGCUUUGGCAGCAAAGGUAGCCAAGCUCGAAAAGAAGAUCUUUCCAUCGAGCGAGGCCUUUGAUUACGGUAUUGAGCUGAAGAAGAAGAACAUUGGCCUCAUUUUGGCUUCAAGGGAAGGAAGUCAGGAGGCUGUCGGCUACCUCGUGUUUCAAAGACAGAAAAGUCUGGCCUGGUUACACAAGCUGGCCACCAUCGAGCAAGAGAGGGGUAAAGGUAUCGCCAGAUGUCUCGUACAUUCCCUCUCCCACCAAAUGAAUAAGGGAGGCUGUCGAACAAUAUUUCUGUGGGUUGAUGAGGCUCGCGCUCCAGCCAGGGCUCUGUACGCGUCUUGCGGGUUCCAGCAAGUUGAGCGGCUCCCAGACUAUUACGGCCCUGGGCGAACAGCAGUCAAAAUGGAGUUGGCCAUCGUAGAAUGAGUGCAGAGACCUCGGUUUUGCGCAAUUCAUGGCUGGUCUCAAGUAUGCUGAGGUGGCAGGAUGAACCUCCCUUGCAGUCACUACCCCUCUGCUCCUUCGCGACCUUCACAUUCCUUUGCCAUCUCUCCACCAGCACGUAAGGCGGACGGUACCGCGACGCGACCACGCGUUCAAGCGCGACGACGAAUUCCACGGCUCGGAAAGAGAUGGCUGUCAGUGACGAAAGGCCUUCAACAUGUCUGCUCCCAAGAUCUACACUCACUUCUGCGACGACCGACACCUGUGACUUGUUGCUAUGGCAGCGUCACUAUUGUAAG